AUGCGCGGGUGGAGAAUCUGCGAGCCAGAUCGGCGCCUUCUGGAGGAGGCCCCGGAGCCCAACGUGUCCGCCCUGGCGCUGGCGGCAGCCUCCGAGCCCACGGAGGCGGAGCCCGAGGCGAACCUCGAGGCGAGCAUCGAGGCAAGGAGGAUGGUGGUCGGCACCCUUGCCGUGGCGGCGGGCGUGUCCCUCUGGGCUCUCUUGGUGCGGCACGCGCGGCAGAAGGGGGCACUGCCCCCCCUCCGUGGCGGCCUGGCCGACGGCGAUGCCAAGGGCAGCGGGAGCAGCGCGGCCUACGUCGACGUCCACGGCGACACGGAGAGGGGUGAGGGGAGCAGGGCCCUCGUGCCCCUCUGA